AUGGCCCAGUCCCCACAGGACCUCGCGCUGCAGAUCGAAGCGCUGCGCCUGGAGGGCAUACCACUGUGGCAGAUAGCAAGAAACGUCACAGUUUCUCGCUACCUUCAAGCCGCUGCGGUGACAAUUCUCUGUUACGACACGCUUCUUACACUCCGUGAAGAGGUCAGAUGGCUAUGGCCGAUGAAAUGGGAGGCCAUCAAGGUUGGCCUGUACAUUAAUCGCCUAAUCGCAAUCACAUUUUCGAUCUACAGCUGCCUGCAUUUUGCAGGGCUACAAAGGGACUUAUCCAAGGCAUAUUGCCGAGGCGCAUUCAGUGCGGUCGGCCUAGCCUGUUUCUGUUCGACUGCGAUCUGUAAUUGGAUCAUUCUCUGUCGUACAAACGCUCUCUUAGGGUCCGGAAAGGAGAAUUACAGAAGAUUUCUCAUCCUCUUUUAUGCAAUCGUUCAUUUCGGCACUCUCUACAUCGCCAUUCGGAUCAUUAUCCUAGUACAGUCAAAGACAUUUUAUUCGCGGGAGAUUUACAGCUGCGCAUUCGCCUUUCACUCGCACAUUAUGCGUUUCCAGUGGAUAUUAGAGAUGUCCUUUGAAGCCACUCUUUUCAGUAUCACAAUCUACAAACUCUACGAGCUUCGCAGCUCAGUCCCAUAUUUUCGCCAAACGCUUUCCCGACUAUUCUAUGUCCUCUUCCGCGACGGAGCGAGCUACUACGUAAUCCUCUUUUUCCUCCGCAUAGCCAACGUCGUCGCCUACGCAAACAAACACGGCUCACUCAAUUUCAUCGCACUUUAUAUACAAUGGUCAAUCAUGACCGUGUUCAUUUUCCGCAUUCAGCUCAACCUCCUCGAUGCCAGUCACCAGACAUGGCCAGAGGAUUCUAUGGAGCUUACCGAUGUCGGAACCUCUGCGGCGACUGGCGAGGUAACAAGGCAAUUCCGCAUCCGAAUGGCGGCACAACAAAGACAACGGGAGCUUUCCACUUUCUCUAUAGGAGAAAGCUAUGAAAUAAAACCUCCGGAACAAGUUGAGAAUAUAUGA